UUGAGGUUAGUUGGAGGAAACUGGAACGGAGAAGGAAGAGUAGAGAUUCUGCACAAUGGGGUCUGGGGAACUAUUUGUGAUGACUACUGGGAUAUAAGCGACGCGAGAGUUGUUUGCCGUGAACUUGGAUAUCCAAACGCUGUUAGUGCUCCGUGGCAUGCACACUUCGGUCUAGGAAGUGGUCCAACUUGGUUGGAUGAUGUAUUCUGCUCGGGAAAUGAAACGUCUAUUGUAGAUUGUGAGCACAGGGGAUGGGGUGUAGAAAACUGCGCUCACAGUGAAGAUGCAUCGGUGAUUUGUUCAAGUGAGUACAACCUAAACAACCUAUGCAUAUAUUGA